AUGCUUACGCAUGCUCGAAUAGGUGGCGUGCGAUACUCCUCCGGCCCCUCAUUCCGGCACCGACCAGCCUCUCUGGGCUUCUCGAUGAGUCAGGCCUUCUUAGGCCGACUCUCGACACUUGGUUCCAGCUUUCACUUUGGCAAUCGUAAUUCUGCUACUGGUAGUACUGGAAUACUUCGAAAUGGUGCUAUCUCAACUAGUCUUCUUGACACGGCCUUCAUGCCCACUCCGGAACUCGGACUUAACAUUGUCCCGGUUGAUACCCAAGUUGAUCAGAAUGGCGAAAUUCCAAUGCGAGCAGCCUUGCCAUCUGCAGUUUUGUCCAACCAGAUGUCUAAAGAUUACUUGGAGGCAAAUGGGGAGUCUUAUCCCAGGACGGGUCAGACUACCUUAAGUGGAAAUGAUUUGGGAGUAUUUGGAUCUGUUACUGGGCCAACUGGAACAGGUGCAGCCAAUGUAGUAACUUUCCGAGACGAGUGCGAGGCUAGCCUGGAGGCCAGGCGAUUGGCUAGUUACCCAGCUGGACAUCGACGCGACGAUAAUCUACCUUUACCGAUUGAACGUCUUGACUGGCCUGCCCCUGCCAGCUCGGGCGUAGUUCUUGCUGAGAUCAGUGAGUGGAGAUUAUUUAUUGACUCUCUUUUAAAAUAUAUAUAUUUAACUCUAUUAUAUUAG